AUGUCCGACCAAGCAUCCUUUUGGUAUCUGUACACUGCUGACGAACGACUUGAUCUGAUGAUCAUCGAAGCGAACAACAAUUUUGCCGAGCGAAAGGUGUGGAUAGUUCCUGAAGCUGACGACAGCGAUAUACUCAAUACCCCAACGAAGAAGCAAACAAAAAAGUUUCAUCAAACAUGGCCAAAGGAUUUCCAUGUGUCUCCCUUUAACUCGAUGCAUGGUUUCUAUUCGAUAUCUACGCUAGAUUCGUUUCCACCGGGGACAUCGCUCGAUGCAGCGGAUACUGUCGAUAUCACCAUCACGCUGCUGACAUCACAACGGCGUCCGAAGCUGGUAGCUCGUGUUUGGUCGGUCUCAAAGCCUUUAGUCACGUCGCGAGUCUCGGCUCCUUAUAGGUUCGCUUUUCUGGCGUCGUGGUGCUUGAGUGGACCUCUUAUUCAGCCACGGACACUUUAUCAGGCAUUCACGCUGUAUCGAAAGAACAAAUUGAAGAUUCGAGACCGACCUGAACCUGAUGGGAAAGUGUUUCCUCGGCAUAGUACUCCGGCUGAACGAUGCAUCCGAGAGAUCUUCACAGACUAUCUCCAACAGAUUAUGAAAGCAUCUACAAAGGAAUUCCGUCUUCGUCUUUGUGACCUCAGCGACUCCAAUCUGAAGAUAACUUUUAGUACACCAACCGCUGACCAAAAAUCACCCUGCUACAGCAUAUCCGUCUUCACACCCAAAUUCUACGCCACCGCGCUAGCUUGGCCCUCCAUAGACACAUUCCUGCACGAAGCCCUGCUCCACAAAAAUGAAGAGCGACGAACAGCUUGUACAGAUGCUGCCGAACCAGAAGCGUUCAUUCAACUGUUUAAAUGUGCAGCUGAUUCGCAUUACCGUACUUGCCACACACCGGGCGUCACAUCGAGUACUUCCAACACUAGUAUCGAAAAGAGGAGAAUCUGGAUUUUGAGACCAUCAAAGUUUGCGGCUUCGCUCUUACUGUGGAUGUUAUGGUCUUGUGUGACACUUGUCCGAGCAAUCUUCCUUUUAAAAAUGAGCGGCGAAGUAUCAGGCUCAUCAUCCAUCAAAGGCACAAAAUAUCAGGUCAAUAACAAGUUCUUUUUACAAAAAUAUACCUGUUUUAAGCGGGUGGAGGUCUCGACCAACUUAGGGAGUUUUCUGGAUCAGUACGUACAUCAGAACUGCGGUUUUGGGUUAACAUUGAGAUACUUGUACGCCAACUUGACCACAGUCGUGAGAGAGCGAAUCUUGGGCAUCGUUGGCGGAGGUUGA